UAACACUCCCCCCCCCCCUCCCUCCUCCCUCCUACAAUAGAAAAUGGAUUACGGUAGGCUCGGUCCUUCCGAACCAGCUGGUGGAGCCUCGGAUAUUCCCAAACCACCACAUCCAGCCACGUCAAGCCGCAAAAGGAAACUUAUCCUCCUGUCCAUCUUAUCGUUCGCCUUGAUCAUCGCCUCUGCUGUCUCCGCCACUCUCUUAAUUGGGCUCCGGACACGGGGCUCCGGAGGUGGGUCCGGCCCAGGAAUCCAUGCCCAGCCCACUCAGGCCAUUUCCAAAACCUGCAGCAAGACUCGCUACCCGACUCUCUGUGUCAACUCGCUCCUCGACUUCCCUGGCGCGCUCUCCGCCUCCGAGCAGGACCUGGUCCACAUUUCCUUCAACAUGACUCUCCAGCACUUCAACAAGGCACUUUUUGAGACCUCCGGAAUCUCCUUCGUCCAGAUGGAUCCGCUCGUGAGAUCCGCCUAUGACGACUGUCUCGAGCUUCUAGAUGAUUCUAUCGACGCGCUCACACGCUCUUUCCUCUCCGUAGCCCAGGACGGGAACAAUAACAACCAGGUGGGGUCCAAAAACGACGUGAUGACGUGGUUGAGCGCCGCUUUAACAAACCACGACACGUGUGCUGAGGGUUUUGAAGAUGUGAGCGGAGACGUGAAGAAUCAGGUGUCGGAGAAGCUGAAGGACUUGGCUGAGCUGGUGAGUAAUUGCUUGGCCAUUUUCUCAGGGAGUGUAAGCGACGACUUCGGGGGAGUGCCUAUACAGAACCGGCGGAGGUUGAUGGAGGAGAUAUCGCCGGAAAAUGAAGAUGCAUUCCCGAGAUGGUUAGGGAGGAAAGAGAGGGAGUUGCUGAGUACGCCAAAUUCGGCAAUUCGGGCCGAUAUAAUCGUGUCGAAGGACGGGAACGGGAGUUAUAAGACGAUCGCUGAAGCGAUUAAGAAGGCGCCGGAAAAUAGUAAUCGACGAACGAUUAUUUACGUGAAGGCAGGAAGGUAUGAAGAGGACAACUUGAAGGUGGGGAGGAAGAAGAAGAACUUGAUGUUCAUUGGAGAUGGGAAGGGCAAAACUAUAAUUUCAGGAGGAAAAAGUGUGAUGGGAAAUCACAUUACCACAUUCCACACUGCUGUGUUUGCUGCAACAGGAGCUGGAUUUAUUGCCCGGGACAUGACAUUUGAGAACUACGCCGGACCAUCCAAGCACCAGGCGGUGGCCCUCCGUGUCGGUGCCGACCACGCCGUCGUCUACCGGUGUGACAUCAUAGGUUACCAAGACACACUAUACGUGCAUUCUAAUCGUCAAUUCUUUCGAGAAUGUGACAUUUACGGUACCGUGGACUUCAUAUUUGGUAAUGCUGCCGUCGUACUACAAAGUUGUAAUAUUUAUGCCCGCAAGCCCAUGCAGUCACAGAAAAACACCAUUACGGCCCAGAACCGAAAAGACCCUAAUCAAAAUACGGGUAUAUCCAUCCACGCAAGCCGGAUCCUCGCCACUCAGGAUCUCAUGGCAUCCAAGGGUGCAUUCCAAACGUAUCUUGGCCGUCCGUGGAAGAUGUACUCUAGGACUGUGUACAUGGUAUCAUACAUAGGUGACCAUGUACAGCCUAGAGGGUGGCUAGAGUGGAAUGGCGCGUUUGCGUUGGAUACACUUUAUUAUGGUGAAUACAAGAAUUUCGGGCCGGGUUCAGCAGUCGGGCAACGGGUGAAAUGGCCGGGUUAUCGGGUCAUCACAUCCCCAGUUGAGGCUAGUAGGUUCACUGUGGGCCAAUUUAUUUAUGGAUCAUCAUGGUUACCAUCCACUGGAGUUGCAUUCGUGGCUGGGCUUGGUGUUUAAGUUAGUUUUUUUUUUUUUUUUUUUUUAUAAUGAUCAUUUCUCCCCAUUUGGUUGUUGUAACUCAGUAGAUCAUUAUCAUAAAUACUGAGUAACUCAAACAGUAUGGACUCGAAAGUUCUAAGUUCAAUUUUUCACUAGGACACAAUAUUAUUAUGGCCACAUGUUGGACACCUGGAUUUUAACCCAAUUUAUCCUGUCGACUUGUGGAAAAUUUAUAUGUACGCGGAUUUGAUGUUCAA